UUCGGCUGUUGCUCGUGUAAAAUUUAAUAAAAUUACACAAACGCACAACUCGCAGCCACAAACAACUUUUAAUGUGAGUUGGAACACACGAGCCAGCAACAAUGGGAGCCUGUGUAUGUCGCAUGAAUCCCGACAAUGAAACAAUGAGUGUCUCCUCGGCGAGCGCAUCGCGUCCGGUCAGCGCAGGCAUCGCUUUGGGUGGCGCUGCGCGCAAAAAUCGUCCACUGUGCCAUGAGACAAUUAAAUGGCGUUCGGACGUCCCAUUAACCGAAGGACAAUUGCGCUCCAAGCGCGACGAGUUUUGGGACACAGCGCCGGCCUUCGAUGGCCGCAAAGAGAUCUGGGAUGCACUCCGAGCGGCCACAAAUGCAGCCGAGGGUCUGGACUUUCAAAUGGCCCAGGCCAUUCUGGAUGGCGCCAAUGUUUCGGUGCCCAAUGGCUACCUCACAGAAUGCUACGAUGAGCUGGGCACACAGUACAAGGUGCCCAUCUAUUGUUUAUCAUAUCCCAUAAACAUUGUAAAGGAGGAAAAUGGACGCGACUCGCCAGCUGAAUACUCAGAGCCCGUCGAUGGCGGCACCGAAAUAUUUCUCAAGCUGCGCAUAUCAUCCACCAUGACUGAUGUUAAACUGCCUGUAUACUCAAAGGAUACGGUCGGACAGUGCAAGAAAAAGCUUCAAGCUGUCGAGGGCGUCGAUGCGUGUUGCCAACGUUGGUUCUACAGCGGCAAGCUGCUGGGCGAUAAGGUGCCCAUCGAUGAGUGCAGCAUACAUCAAGGCUAUGUGGUGCAGGUCAUUGUUAAUACGGAGCACUAUAAUCACGACAACAGCACGAGUAUCGUUCAAAUGUCGCUUGCGAGCUAGCAAUGCACCAACUCUAAACUAGUCAACAUAGGCAACAACAAGCUUUGUGAACACCACCAUCAAAAACAACAACAUUUAGCUAGCAGCGAUAACAACAAAUACAUAAUCAUCAGGAUAAAUAACAGAAAUGUUGCCACAUAUUGUGGCACAAAGAGCACAAAGAGCUUCAAUGUAAAGCACAAAAAGCCACAGCAGAAGCAACAACAACAACCACAAAGUCAACAAAUACAUCCACAGCGAAUAUAUUGCAUUUAUCAAAACUUGCACACUGCUGAAUGUUUUGUUCUUUUUUGUGUUGUUGCCGCUUGUUCGCCUUAUUGUUUAUGUUGUUGUUGCUGUUUUGCUAUUGCAAUUUAUACAAUUCUGAGCGAAAGCAACAAUUUAAUGAAAAAUGCUUAUAAAUCUAAAAUUAAUCAUUUAUAUAUAUAAAAAAAAAAAUUAUAUAUAUAUAUAAAAAAAUAUAUAUAUACGUAUAAAUACAUAUAUUUUUUUGAUAAUAAAUUUAUAUGUUAACAAUAUUAAGCAGUCCCCAAACAGAAAACAUCAUUUGUAUAAGGAAUGGUACUGAAUAAUACUAUUCAAAAAUAUGCUUUUGAGACUCACAAUUGAAAAUCAAAUAAACAAAUGUACAUUUUUCGUGAAAUCAAAAAAGCAAACUAUAACAACUCAGAAGUUCAGAAGUAAAAAAAAAAUACAAAGUAAAUACAAAACUGUUUAUUAACUAAUUGUAAGCAAAUAUUGCAAACAUUUGUAUGUUAAGUUCAAAAUGAAGAGAAAAGUAAAAUAACAAAAAAAAAAAAACUGUAGUAUUUGGCUGUAAGAUGGAACAACAAAGCAAAUAUAAACAUUUGCCAUAAAUGUUGAAAUACUACAAUUUACCAACUUUUGAUACUGUACAAUGAAGCAUUAAUGUAAGAACGAAUGCCAAGCACAAAUUUAAAGUGAAACAACAAAAC